GUGCAAACCCAUCACCACCCCUUUCUCCUUUAUCUUCUCCAUUUAGGCCAAUUCAUCAACUUUUCCCUCAUUUGAGUUACCCUUUUCUCUAUUCACUUUGUUCCACACUACUGCCAUAGCAAAAUCCUUUUUUUUUUCUGGUUCAGCCUCGGCAUUGCAUAUGAUGAACAACCCCAGUUGUGGGGUGUUGCAUUUCUUUUGUUGUUUUGCUUGUUGUCUCCUUUUUCCAGCUCUUGUUCUCUCCCAUCACAUCCAUGGAAACCCUGCCAGUGACAUAGUUGACAUCAUAAACAAGAAUCGAACGGAUCAGAAGCUUCCCCACUUGAAUGACAGCCCUGGUUUAGGGUGCAUGGCCUUACAAUACGUUGAAUUAUGCAAAGGAAACUGCAGUGAUAACAAUGCUGUAAACUGCAAACCCCCUGAAGAUGAUUUCACUGAAGUGUUUGCUCCCAACUGUGGCGUAGAGCUUCCUACUUUUGGCACCAUAACUGGCCACAUUGUUGGUUGUCAAAGAGAGUAUCUUGAGCCAUCUCUGGCAUUCUCUCAAGUUCUCAUCAAAGAUAAGAACUCUGUGUCUGUUCUGAAGAACAAAACACACACCGAGGUUGGAGUUGGUCUUGUUGGACUCCAUAAAGGACCUUUCUUUUGGUGUGUUUUGUUCAGCGAUGGACAGACAAACUCCACGUUUGUGCUUGAAAAUCGUGGUGUAGGAAUCCAGCAGAAGAAGGGGUGUUAUAGUGGAAGCAGUACUCCAUGCAGUGGGGGACACAGAAGCAGUGUUGCACUUUUUAACAUAUUAUUUUUCAUGUGUUGUAUGUCCAUUUUGGUGUUUGCACUUUUGUGAUCAGUUUACUAAAUCUUCACUUGACAA